AUGCCACUGCCCACCUCGCCUCGUUGGUUGUGCGGCGGAGCGGACGACAAGGCCACCAACCUGGCCAACGCGGCGCAGGUGGUGGCCAAGGCCGCGGCCACUCACUGCACCUCCUCUUCUGCGGCUGUGCCGCUCCUUCUUUGCUUUCCUGAGCUGUUCUUGACGGGCUACAACGUGGGCGACGUCCUUCACCGUGAUGCCGAGCCGGUCGACGGCCCUUCCAUCAAGGUUGCCAACACUAUACGUAACAGUGUAGAAAAGCAUGUCUUGCGUGUCAUGGCAGAGCUGGCCAAGGCCAACAGAGUGCACCUCGUGUUUGGCUACCCGGAGAAGGCGGUGGACAACGACCAGACCACCACUACCUACUACAACUCGGCCAUCUUCAUCAGCGCCGAGGGCGAGGUCCUCCUCAACUACCGGAAGACGCACCUGUGGGGUCCCUACGAAAAGAAGUACUUCACGCCCGGGAGCAGCCUUGCGCCCGUGGUCAAGAUCGGCGAGGUGUCCGUGGGCCUGCUCAUUUGCUGGGACGUGGAGUUCCCCGAGCCCUCGCGCGUGCUGAUGCUGCGCGGAGCCGACCUCAUCCUGGUGCCCACCGCGUGCAUGACCAGCUUUGCGCCGGAGGUGACCGUCCGAGCGCGCGCCUUUGAGAACAAGCUCUUCGUGGCCUACGUCAACCGAGCCGGCGAGGAGAACGGAUCGCGUUUCUGCGGGCUGAGCUCUGUGGUGACGCCCAACGGGGACUGCGCGUGCAAGGCGGGCGAGGAGAGCGGCGAGCUGCUGUUCACUGACAUCGAACCGAAGCGGGCCGACUACCAAGAGUCGCGGGACCGCGACCCCAUCCACCUCGAACGCCGAACCGAGCUCUACCGCGAACUCACCCAAUAG